AUGGCCGAGCAUGAUACUGGCCGAGUAGAGUUUAGAGCACAAGACAGCUCGGCUCAUCCGACUGCACCUUUUCAGCUUUACCAAAACUCUGUCGUUCCAGCGAGGGAGUCACCUGAAUGGUAUGCUAAACAAAAACCUAGUAUGACAUACAGUGCAGUGGUUCAACGUAUGGAUCUUGCAAAACUUAAAAGUGAAAAUUACGAUGCUUACAUUUCCAAAAGGAAGAAGCAUAAUGAGUCGAACAAAGCUAGAAGACAAGCUUUGGAAGGUGAAGCAAAAAAACGUGCGAAAGCACUUUCAAGUCAAUCAUCAAAACGAUUUUCAGAAAGAAGAAAACAAAUGUUAAAUUUACCAGAAAAUGCCUUGAAAGCAAAAUUAUUUAGACAAAAGGGUGCAGAAGCAUGUAAAAAAUCACGAGAUAAAAUCAUGGAAGCCAUCAAAUCUGGUAAAGCAACACCAAAACAAAUUGAAACGUACAAUAAACAAAAGAGAGCAAAGGCGUUAUAUUCCAGAAAGAGAUAUGCUCAAGAGAAAGCUGAACGUGAAGCUUUGAAAGUCUCAAACAAAGGAUGA